AUGAAACUUUUUGAAAGUAAUCACUUUUUCAAUUAUUCUUGGGACAAGGUGACGGCAGCCAAUUGGCAAAAGUAUCCCAAUGAGUUAUCAACGCAUGUUAUAUCUGUGGAUGUUUUGAAUAGAGUGAUCGACGUGGAAAGAAAGACUUUGAGAACAGAGAGAUUAAUUACUUGCAAACAGGCCAUACCUAAAUGGUUAAGCUGUUUGGUAGGAGCUCAGGAGCGUUCUUUUGUUAGAGAAGUCAGUGAAGUUGAUUUAAUCAACAAAACUUUAGUCAUGAAGUCGCAUAAUUUAACCAUGAAUCAUUUAUUAUCGGUCAACGAAACUGUUAUAUAUAGACCAGACCCUGUCCUGCCUGAAACUCGAACCAGGUUUGAGCAGGAAGCAGAAAUUACGGCUUAUGCAUCCUUCAAGAAAAUAUGUGAUAAAGUAGAGGACUGGUCCGUCGAGAGAUUCGGACAAAAUGCAAAAAUUGGAAAAACAGCCUUCGAGAAUGUGCUACAAGUUUUAACUCAAAAGUGGGAUGAGAGUGGAAUAUUUGUUAGCGAUGUUAGUAACGCAAUAAUGAAAGAUAUUAAUGAUGUUGGGGAGAAAACCCAAGGUGUUUUAGCAGAAGUUAGUAAGUUGGGGAAUGUUUUCAAAAGUUAG